CAAAAAUGACUGUCAAAGCUGUAAAAAUGCCGUGCACCGCUCCAAAUGUUUAUACUAAAGUGCCUGACGGAGGAUGGGGUUGGACAAUUGCUUUUGCUUUCUUCUUUGUGGAAGCUCUAACGUACGGCAUAAUAAAAUCGUUUGGACUCUUCUUUAAUGACCUGAUGGAAAGCUUUGAUGAAACAAACAGCAGGAUCUCCUGGAUAAUAUCCAUAUGCGUGUUUGUGCAGACCUUCACAGCUCCUUUGUCGACAGUCCUCAGCAAUCGCUUUGGUCACCGCUUCGUGGUGAUGGUUGGAGGGGUGCUGGUCAGCACGGGCAUGGUCACUGCCUCCUUCGCCUGCACUGUUGUGGACAUGUAUGUCACCAUUGGCAUCAUCUCUGGCCUUGGAUACUGCCUCUGUUUCCUCCCGACUGUCACCAUUUUAUCACAGUAUUUUGACAAAAGACGUUCGCUGGUCACAGCAGUGGCAUCCACAGGGGAAUGUUUUGCUGUUUUCUCCUUUGCACCAGCAAUUACUGCUUUGAAGGAGCAGAUUGGCUGGAGAUACAGUCUCCUUUCUGUCGGGGUACUACAGCUAAGCAUCGUCGCCUGCGGAUUGCUGCUGCGACCCAUUAUCAUCAAAGAGCAAGAAGAAGUGAAAGCGCAGCCUCCAGAAGAGCCCGCGGAGACAAAGUACAUGCUUGAAAACGAGCAAACACGCACCUCAAUAGAGUCCAUAGACUCAGGAGUAGAAGUAACUACCUCACCCAGCAAUGUGCCUGGAAACACCAAAGCAGAGCCGAAAAGUGAAGAACCAAAGGAACACGUACAGAUACUUACUGAACAUGACAGCACCCCUCUGCAACCAAAAACCAAACUACUGGACUUUUCAGUGAUGAGAGACUAUAGCUUUAUCUGUUAUGCAUUCUUUGGCCUGUUUGCUACCCUGGGCUUCUUGGCUCCUUCCCUCUACAUCAUUCCACUGAGUCUUAGCCUUGGCAUCAGCAAAGACCACUCUGCAUACAUACUGUCGGCCAUGGCGAUCGCAGAGGUCUUUGGAAGGAUUUCAGCUGGCUGGGUUCUCAACAAGGAGCCGAUCCGCAAUAUCUACAUCGAACUCAUCUGUGUCGUUCUGCUGUCUGUAGCGCUGUUUGCCUUCCCUUUUGCCUCUGAAUUCUGGGGCUUGAUGACAUGUAGCAUAUUUUUUGGGUUCAUGCUCGGAACGGUAGCGGGCACGCAUAUUCCCCUCCUGGCAGAAGAUGACGUGGUUGGCAUCGCAAAGAUGUCUUCUGCGGCUGGAGUCUACGUCUUCAUUCAAAGCUUAGCUGGGUUGGCCGGACCACCCCUCGCAGGUGUCUUAGUGGAUACGACACAGAACUACAGCUCAGCCUUUUACUCCUGUGCUGCUGGCAUGGUCCUGGGUGCCGUGUUUCUGUCCCUGGUGAGGCCGUGCAAGGCUGGGCUGUGCCGCCGCCAGCAGCAGCGCACAGAGGAGAGCGCGAUGGAGGUUGUAGUAGACUUCCCAGAUGACUUUAUUGAAAUGGAUAUUGGAAAAGCAGAAAAUUCAGGAAAAGGCUGUGACAGCGUGCCAUAA